GUGAACAUCCUGUCUCCACUCAGAGCCUGAAAACACUCAGAAUGACGUUGAAACGUUUCUGUGGAGGUUUAACUUCGUCCGACUCUCUGGGAGAUUUAACGGUUUUCUGCUGGUUGCAGGUUUUUAAUCAUGGAAGAAGAACUGAAUUAUGCAAAUGUGACUUUUAAGACUAAUGGUGUCUCCACACAGAUGGACUCAGAAAAAUCGAGCCUCAAAGAAAUAAUUUAUGAUGAGGUGAAGACAGAGAAGACGCAGGACACACAUCUGAUCAUAACAGAAAAUGAAAAGAGAGCUCAGUUUCACCCUCUGCUGUUUUUGGGGAUGAUCUGCUUCACCCUGCUCCUGGCCAUCAUCAUCCUCAGUGUCUACUUCACAUACGAGCAGAGGAGACAGUCGGACGUUUUAGCGGAGCAGAAUCUGAAGCUGGAGGAGGUGAGUGCAGAUUUACAGAGACGAACAGCAGAGAGAAACCGACUCAACUGGACUCUAGACGUCAUCCUGGAUUACGACACGUUUCCUGCGGCUGAUCGCUGCCCACAGAAACAGUGUAAGCCUUGCCCGAACGACUGGGCGAUGUUUCAGUCAAACUGUUACCUGUUUACAAAAGGUGAGUACAGCUACAACUGGAAAACCUGGGAGCAAAGCCAAGAGUUUUGUGUGAAAGAAAAUGCGAAGCUGGCGGUGAUCGACAGCCAGGAGGAGCAGGAAUUCAUAAACAACAAAACAUUAAAAUACAACGACAAUAAGCACGGCUACUGGAUCGGGUUGAAGAAAGACACGGAGGACACGUGGACGUGGGCAGGCGGCAGGAACCUCUCUGUGACCUUCUGGUCGACAGAAAAAGCUGUGAAUCGGCUCUCCUGUGGUUUAAUUAACCCGCAUCUCAACCAUUCCUCCAACUGGGCCAAAAGCAGCUGCGACAUGAAGAACCGCUGGAUCUGUGAGACCAGAGUCCUGAUCCGACCCGAUUAGGAUCCACAAACUGAACCCAUAUUUAUAACUAUUUAAAACUUAAACUGUUAAAAUCUUUCCGUGUUUCCGGUUUGUGUUCAGUGUCGUUAUUAUUGUUGUUAUUUAAAAGGAUCUGAUGAAACGCCUCAGACAGGAUCUCUGGAUUUACUUCUGUUAACCAUAAAUCCCAUUUCUGUGUAUAAAUAUUAAACCAGGCACAUGAUUUAUACCUAGAAGAUGAAGCUCCCUUGUUUCCUGCAGACACUGAUGAUGUAUUUUACAUUAGCUCUGCAUGUUGUCCCAUCCUAACAGGAUAUCUGAUGCUAAACUUUGGCUGAGUUUCUGGAUUUCAUCUUCAUUCUGACGAAGAUCUUCUGAUAAAAUAUGUUAAGUUUUUGUCUAGCUGUUCAUUUUGUUCAUGUUCAUAAAAUAAACAAUUACAUUUUCUAAAAAGCUUCUGAAUUUACCUCAUAAUUGUUUCAUGCAGGGAAGUUCAAAUUGUGGCUCAGGGGCCAUUUGCGGCCCUCUGGAUGAUUUUGU